GACAGUGAGUGGGUGCUGUAGGAGGUGUUGGUGUGGGUGUGUGUUUGGGAAGUGGCUAAACGACGAUGGGGUUACUGGACAAUCCCGAAGAAAACACGUUUAAAAGAUAUCAAGAAUUAUGUACGAACCUGAAUAUGGAUAAAGAUGCCGCAGAAGAAGCAUGGCAGAGUUAUGAAACGAUACGGCAGAAUUAUACAUUAGAGGGUGAUCAGAUCCAUUGGUUAGGCUGUGCCCUGUAUGUGGCCUGUCGAAGAACAUCCUUGCCAACAGUAGGAAGACCAGGAUCUGUAAUAGAAGGCAACUGUGUGAGUUUAACUAGAUUACUUCGGCUUUGCAAACUGAGUUUGAUUCAGUUUUUCAAUAAAAGCAAAAAAUGGGCUGACAUGGCAAGCAUGCCACCAGAAUUUCGCAGCAAGAUCGAACGUUUGGAAAGAAACUUUGCUGUGUCAAUGGUAAUCUUCAAGAAGUUUCAACCAAUUUUUGUAGAUAUGUUCCAAAAGCCCGCAGAUGAACAGCCAAGACAGCAGAGGUCGAGAAAGCAAAGGAGUUUGCCUUGCACACCUUCUAAAUUAUUUGACUUCAGCUGGACAUUAUUUGUUUGCGUGAAGAGUGAAUUUAGAGAUAUAAGUGAUGAUUUAGUCAACUCAUAUCACCUGCUGCUUGCAUGCUGUGAUCUGAUUUUUGGAAAUGCUCUUCUUGCAGACAGAAGAGAUAUUUUUAAUCAUAAUUUUCCAGGUAUUCCAAAUGAUUUUUGGGAUGAAAACUAUAAGCCACCUGAGGUGGCUCCAUGUAUUAUUGAUCAUUUGUGCACAAAUCAUGAUGGAAUACCAAUAGAAGCAAAAGCUAUCAAAGAGUACUACUGGAAAAACCACAUAAAAAAACUCUUUGAAAGAAAGAUCUUGAGAGGCGAUGCAUCAAAAUUUAGUGGGAUUUUAGAUCCAGGUAUCUUUGAGCUGAACUCAAAGGCUGUAAAUAAGGCUUAUGAAGAAUAUGUGUUGAAUGUUGGUGAUUUUGAUGAAAGGAUAUUUCUUGCUGAAUAUAGGCGAUUGCAAGCGAUGCCGGGUGCUAGGCGGAGCCACUUGAUAUCUGCUAUAAUCUCUGCUGAUCCAAGACCUGUACUCAGAGCUUGGAAUUCUCAAGGUGAAGAUGCCAAUGCCGAUAUAGGCACCCCUACAAAAAUGUGGGGCCUAGGCGAGUUUGCUGAACAGUUACAAGCAAAAAGGAAUGGUCAGCCAUUUGGUGGACAGAUGCACCAUUUGGCCCCUUCAACACCGCUCACAGGAAGAAAGUAUUUGAAGACCAAAGAUCUACAACCUAAUGUCACGCCUCUUUCAACAGCAACACAGAGUGUCAGCCGACUGCAGACACUCCUAUCUGGUCGCCAGGCAGCUCCCAGUGAACCUUUGCUAGAAAUUUUCAGGCAAUGUGCUCGCAAUCCCCAGGAAACUAUAGAACAUUGGAUAAAAGAUCUCGGUAAUUUAUUUUGUCAGCAGUAUACACAGCAGAUGAACAAGACGCAAAAUGCUAAUAUUGAUUUUGCUAGAAAGAGGCUGCAGUUAGGGGAAUGCUUGUAUUAUAAAUUACUUGAAAAUAUUUUGAUUGAUGAAAGUAAAAAGAAACCAGGUUAUGAUAUGACUAAUUUGCUGGAACAGGAAAUAUUUCACCAUUCACUCUUCGCUUGUUGUCUAGAAAUUGUGAUCUAUUCCUAUAACUCACAAAGAACUUUUCCAUGGAUUCUAGAAGCAUUAAACUUGGAAUCGUAUUAUUUCUACAAAGUAAUAGAGGUGAUCGUACGUGUCGAAGAUCAACUCUCUCGUGAUAUGGUGAAACAUCUGAAUCUUAUUGAAGAACAGAUAUUAGAGUCUAGGGCUUGGCACAAUGGAAGUCCUCUCUGGGAAAGUAUAGAAAAUUCUGGAUUGCCUGUACCAUCAUAUGAAGAUGUAUCACUUCCUGGGCAAACAGAUGACUUUGUGGCCUCAUCGCAAAAUUCAGUUGUUCAUCGCAUUGCCAAGGGUGUUGAUAGGGUACCUGGUGAUCAGGCAACCCACAGAGUAGAUACUGUGGAGUCCAAUUCUGCACAGUCUCCAGUGUCAUCUGUAUCAGAAAGAUUCCAGUCACCUGUCCCACCAAAUAGUACAGCAAAAAAACGUUUAUUUGUGGAUGGAUCAACAGUAAAUACAGGUGUAAUCCAACAGGCUAACAUCAGACCUGGUCAGUCAUUGCUGCAGUCAUCAAAACCUGUAGCAUUUAAUAUUCAAACUAUUGAAGGAGACAAUGGGCAGCGUUACAUUCCCAUAUCAUAUGUGCCAGGCACAGGGAGUGUUAUUAUACAAGCACAAUCCUCUGUGCCCACAACUGUCAUGGCACAGAUACAGCAGCAGCAACAACAACAACAGCAGCAGCAACAACAACAGCAGCAACAACAACAGCAGCAGCAGCAGCAGCAACAACAACAACAACAACAGCAGCAGCAGCAACAGCUGCAGCAACAACAACAGCAGCAGCAGCAGCAGCAGCAAGCACAAGCAAACAGGGACAAAAAACCCAGAAGAACUGGAUCAUUAGGCUUGUUUUUUAGAAAGUUUUAUCACCUAGCAUCAGUUCGCAUGCAGGAGCUUUGCACCCAAUUGGAUAUCUCAGAUAAAGAACUGAAAAGAAAGAUUUGGACGUGUUUUGAACAUUCAAUAAUUCAUCAGACAGAUCUCAUGCAAGAUCGGCAUCUUGAUCAGAUCCUUAUGUGUGCUGUUUAUGUCAUGUGUAAGGUGUCUGGGAGUGACAAAACAUUCACAGAAAUAAUGAGAUGCUAUCGUUUUCAACCUCAAGCAUCUUCUCAUGUGUAUCGAAGUGUGCUGUUGUCAUCAAAAAAACGGAGAGGUUCUGGGUCUUCAAGCAAUGGAACAUCCAGUACAUCAAGUCCAGUACCUACAGAUGCAGAAAACAAAGAAGAUGCCAAUGUAAAUGUGCGUUCAUCAAGCACUCUACCUGUCACGCAGCCCUCAUCAGCUCCUCCUACACCAACUCACCUGGCUGGCACGUCAACGUCUUUUGAAUCGGGAGACCGAGGAGACCUCAUAAAGUUUUACAACACUGUCUAUGUGCAGAGAGUUCAAGCCUUUGCAGUUAAAUUUUCAGUUCGAGGAUCCCAGCUAGAAAAUCUCACCCUUUCACCUUUACCAUUAACGAAGAAUCAGCCAAUGUCACCUCGAAGAGUUUCAGAAAAACAUUCAGUUUAUAUUAGAUCCUUAGAACCAAAAAUACAUCCCACAUCGCCUAUAAGGCCACUCAGCUAUUGCUUCAGCAGAAGCCCAGCAAAGGAUCUUCGAGAAAUAAAUAAAAUGAUCGAUGCUCGAAAGGUAGGAAAGAGGUUGCUAGUAGAUGAUACUUUGGAUACUACUGAUGGAGUUCCGAGCAAGAGGCCAACCCCAGGAGUUGCUAAGAAACUGCAAGAUAUUAUGGGUGAUAGAUGGCAGGUUCAAGACUGAAGAUGAUAAAAAUGUUUUGCUCCCUCUUGUUGUUCUGUCAGAAUGUGUAAUAGAAGACAUACACUCAGAAAAUGCCUGAGAAAAAUGUUUAAUAUUAAUUUUCAGUUCAUGUCAAAAAUGGAGACAAAGGAAAAUUGUGAACGACUUGUCUUAUUAAAUUAUUUUUACUGGCAUUUGCCAUGUUUGUAUUAUAAUGACAAAAAUAUUUUACUUCAGAUUUCAUUGUGGAAAAUUAUUCAUUACUUUUGUAUUUGAGAUUUACUCUUUAUGAUGUAUGACUUUAAAAAUUUGAACAUUAAUUUAUGUAAUGGUCUAAAGGCUGACCUUAGUCUAACAACAUUUAUCUUUUUUGGGGGGAGGGAGGAUGCUAAAGAUAUUGUUGUACAUUAAGCAAAGGGAUGAAUGAGUUUUAAUUAGUUGACACUUUUGUUUUGUGUGUUGUGUAAAUUUGACUGGCAAUGAUUAUGUAAGUGCAGGAAAAUAUUCCUAUGCAUGAAUAAUGAUUAACUUCUUUCUUCUCUUUUGCAUAUUUUUUAGAGUACUUGUUGCUUUUGAGCUAUUGGUCAUUUUAUAUUUGCUCAAUAUUUUCAAGCAAAAGUGACCAAAAAUUGGCAAAUAACUUAGGUGUUUCUAGCACGUGGUAUGUCACUGCGUAUCCUUAAGUAAGUACUGAAAAGUUACUUAUGGAAGAGAAGUUUCAUUUGUGAUCGUUCUGUGAAAUAACAGUAACAAAUAAUGCCUGGAAACUAGACACACUGUUGAUAGAUGUAUUCCUUUGUUGUGAAAGACAAGUUUCUCAGAAAGUGUAAUGUUGCCAGGAAUUCUCCAAAGCAAUAUGCUCCACAUCUAUCAAUUUAAGAAUAAAUUUAAAAUUUUGAGGUAUAUAUUAAAUAGAGCAUGUUUUACAUAGCAAGGGUAGUCUUUUACUGCACUUUAUAAGUCUCUUUCAAAUACGUGUACACUUUGAAAGUUCCCCUCUUGCUUUUAUUACACAACAGAGGAAAAUUGUAAAAAAAUUUCCUUGUUUGGUGGUCAGCCUUAUUUUAAGUUCCUGUAACUGUUUGCAAAUUAUACAGCAAACAAUUGAAAAGAAAAAAGUCCUUUUGUGCACUGUCUAAAUUAUGUACAUAAUAAUGAAGAGUGUGUGUUAUGUUUCUUUUUUCUUCUCUUUUUUGCUUACAAUGUGUGUAAAUUUUCAAUCACAGUGACAAAGAUUUUAUUUAUAUUAAAAUAUGUUAAGUAAGCUGUGAUGAUAAAAUUUUAUAGAACUGUUUUUGAGUUCAAGAUGUACAAAUGUUGAAUAUGUAAUUUUUUAGUUCUAUUAUACCAGAAAAAAUAAUUUUUGAAGUUAUUGUUUGGCAUGUGGAUGC